UCUUGUGUUAUUGUUGUUUGCAUAAACUAUAAACUUAAGUGUAAACAUAUUUUUCUCGUAUUUGCUAUACAGUUCCACUGAAUAAUAUUAAUAGUAAAAAUGGUAAAACCAGUCAAAGAAACAGGAUUUGUUGUAGAAAAAAUUAUAGAUAAACGUAUCACAACAGAAGGCAAAGUUGAGUACUACAUUAAGUGGCGCGGAUAUCCAAGUUCAGAUAAUACUUGGGAGCCUGAGGAAAAUUGUGAUUGCCCUGCAAUAAUACAGCGCUUUGAAGAAUCGCGUGCAAAGUCUAAAAAGCGAGGUGAAAAAAAGCCGAAAGUUGAAGAAAUACAAAAGUCUCGUGGCUACGAUCGUGGUCUUGCCAUAGAGCAGAUUGUCGGCGCAACUGAUACAACUGGCGAUGUAUCAUAUUUAGUUAAGUGGCAAUUUUGUGAUGAAUUUGAUUUAGUGCCAGGGGCGCUUGUACGUCAAAAAAAUCCAGAAUUUAUUAUAGAUUUUUUUGAACGUCGUUCACCUUUUCAACGUGCGAUAAAUGAACGCUUAUUGGGCUUACCGGCAGAUUUACGCAUAUAUAAUAACGACUUAUCGCCAAACGAUAUGAAGUUGAACAUGGCGGAUAUUAAGAGACCUAUUGAUAGCAACGAUGCAAAUGUGUCAUAUUCAAUCCCCGUACCAGGGGUGGGUGAUAUUGCAAUCGAUGUACCAAUUAUUGAUACAAAACCUAUUUUACAGUAAUAAUUUUUUUUUAUUUUUUUAUUUUAUAAGAAUUAAUACAGUAAAAAAUUGUCAUAAAUACCUUUAAA